UCCUCUUCGUGUUGAUGCAGUGAUUUUGUUAUUUUUCAUUUUGGCGCGCUGCAGGUAAUGUGAGCAGCGGCCGCAACACUGCAUGGGAAAGCCGAGUCAUCAAUGCAGAACCCCUCAGCGCUGUUCGGGAUGGUCAGCCACUGUCAGACCCCAACUUUCACAGACUUCACCGGCCUGUCGCUCUCCGUGUACGGCAGCAAGGCGGACAUCUGUACGCGGCGAGCCGGGAGCGGUGGUUUUGGAUCGCAGAUUUGCCGGAGCUCCCAUGACACCCCCCCGACUCACAUCAACUGCGCCAGCCCGAAGAGAUACAGCGCGUCCGAAGAAAAAGCGCAUCUGGCAGCUAAAGCUCCGCGCUCGUGCCUCUCUCUCCCACCCGUGCAAGUGAAUGGUGCCUACUGCUCAGAGAAGGACUUAGACACUGAGCUGGGUGACGCUCAGGGCACCCUGAUGCGAUGUGGGCAGAGCUUGCCACUGCUGGUGGGGGGUCAUUUAGGGGGGCUUUAUACCCAGAGCCUCCACUGCGACAGACCUACGCCCGACCUCAUUCUGCAGGACGGCCCUCACCAAGACACCAGAUCCUGCUCUGCCUUACAGAGGACCCUGCCGGGGGCCUCACCCGGCCUGGGCUGCAGCAGUGCCAACAGGGCUCGCUCCUCUCUCCCUUACCCAAUCAAACAGGAGAACUCAAUGGGCUACAAGAUCUCCAACGCAGCGUCCGGGGUCCAUAGCACGUCUCAGGCUGGGUUUCAGAACUGUAGGGCAGCCCAAGUCAUGGGGAUGACGAGGGACGAGAUAGUUGGAGCGUCGCAUGUUAGCAACAACGGUAGUGGCGUAUGCACAGUGAGCGGUGUAGGCAGUGCUGUGUCAGAGAACGCAGUGCAACCUUUUAAUAAUGAAGAUGGCUCCUCCCCGCUGGCUUUGUCCCCAUCUGGCUCCCGUCAUUCAGCGCGACUGCUCAGUGCUAGCAGUCUGAGGAGACGCUGCCUGUCCCUGGCCUCACAGUCCAACGCCGCUGCUGGCAGCGCUGCUGCCACAGGUUCUCAAUCGGCUACUGGCGCCGCUUCCGAGGAGAUCAAUAUCACCGCCAUCAUCUGCUCCUCCUCCCAGAUGUCGAUGGUUGCUUGCGUCAACGGUUUCCGCACUAACCUCUCGCCAAGCCACGCCAGCAGUGCCGGCUUCUCCUCCUCUUCCUCCUCCUCUUCUACAUCCCCACCCUCUAACUCUUGCUCACGGGAAGCCCCCCAGAGGCCCCCACCUCACAGCAGCCCCCAGCAGCCCACGCUACAGGAGAGCUGUCAGCUAUCCUCACCUGCCACCUGCCUGCUGUCCCUUUCCUCCUCCUCCUCCUCCUCAUCCUCCUCUUCAGUGUCAUCAGUGGAGCCGGAGCAGGGCCAGGGGCUGUGUGAGGAGCGGGGCUCCAUGCUGCAGGGGCGUGGGGCUGGAGGAACAGCCGGGGGAGGAGGAGGAGGAGGCUCGGACGGGUUGGGUCUACUGAUGAGUGGGGCGCUGAUGUCUGGGAUGCUGCAUUCGGGGCCUGAAGCUGGGGCUCUCCUAGACGGGGGCCAAAGAUCAGGGGCGGUCCUCAAACAAGAGCCCCUGGAUGAUUUUUCUCCCAGCGAAGACGAACUCUUUCAGCACCACUAUCAUCAUCACCAUAACAUGAGUGGUCGUAGUGGGCACCUACGUCAGCCUCAACACCCCUCUCGCCCUGCUAUGCCUCCGCCCUACCACCUGCACCAAUACCAGGGGCCCAGUCCUGGGGGUCUGCUGCACCACCAGAGCCAGCAAACAGCACCAACCUCUUCCCUUGGACUCAAACAGACCUCUGGAGGCCCUCCUGGGUCUCACACAGCCCCAGAGCGGGAAGAAGUCGGAGGAGGAGCACUGGUCGAUAAGCAGGUGUGUCGCUGGAUUGACUGCAGUGCUGCGUACGAGCAGCAGGAGGAGCUUGUGAGGCACAUUGAGAAGGUCCACAUUGACCAGCGCAAAGGAGAGGACUUCACCUGUUUCUGGGCCGGCUGCAUUCGCCGUUACAAGCCCUUCAACGCUCGCUACAAGCUGCUCAUUCACAUGAGAGUCCACUCCGGAGAGAAACCAAACAAGUGUAUGUUCGAGGGCUGUAACAAAGCGUUUUCACGUCUGGAGAACCUGAAGAUCCACCUGAGGAGCCACACAGGAGAGAAGCCGUACCUGUGCCAGCACCCCGGCUGCCAGAAAGCUUUCAGCAACUCCAGUGACCGCGCCAAGCAUCAGCGCACUCACCUGGACACGAAACCGUACGCGUGUCAGAUCCCCGGCUGCACCAAGCGAUACACGGAUCCCAGCUCUCUACGCAAACAUGUCAAGAUCCACUCGGCCAAAGAGCAACAGGUGCGUAGAAAGCUUCGGCCCUGUCCUCACCUGGAGCAGGACGUCCUGAGUGACUGUCUGUCCAUGCAGCACCUCCAUAGCUCCACCUCCUCGCAGCACCUCUACAACGGCAAAGAUGGCCGUUCUCCUGGACUGGGCCAAGACAUCUUCACAGGCCUGUACGCUGGCUCCAGCACCCCCCAUCACAGCGCCUCGGUGGAGCUCCUUGCCCCUACUCCCCAACUCCACCCAGUCUCCACCGCCGACCUGCCCUCCCGACAACACCGACUGGACCGAGACCUCGGGAGCCCUCAUCACCUGUCCCCGCUGGCUGCCAUGGAUGGCCCAAGAGACGGGGUGUCGGGUCCCCUCCUGUCUCCAGGGAUGAAGGGAACAGGCACGCCUCCUCCUCCUCUGGAGAAGCAGCAUGUCCACCCUCACCACAAGCCCUACUCUCACUAUCACCACCAUCAGCCUGCCAACGACGAAUACCAAGGCAGCUUUCAGAGCUGCUUCCAUUUCGGAGACUCCUACAGGAUGGAGCAGACGGUCGGCGGUGUCCACGUCCCAGGAGAUUCUCACGCCUACACUUCCCAGCAGCACAAUGGCUUCCACAUGACAACUAGCAACACUGGCACUGCAGACUUCAACUUGACCCAGGAGCUUCAAGGAGGCACAGGGUGCCAGUUCUCCUCCAGCCCAGAGGAGAACAUUUUCUUCCAGGUGGGCAACUUCGACCGCAGCCUGAGCCACAUGUCCUCCGUCUACACAGAGACAUAGAGCAACACUGGAGCCGGGCGCUACACCGCACCUACUCUGCAGUCCUUCAUCUGCUCACACUUGGAUCCCCUCUGCUCCACUUCCAUGUUUUCAUACAAGAUAUGGGUCACUCUGAAAAUCUAAAUAAUUUAUACCUUAUUCUGACCUACGCUGCCAGAUGGAGGUGAAACGGACGUAAACUGCAAUGCGAUUAACUACUUACUGAUCUCAAGGGUCACAUGUAUAACAGUCAAAGCAGGUUCCCAACCGUUAAGGCUUGUGGCCCCCCCCCUUUAAACAAAGAUGUGUUGCGAUUAGUUUAACCGAAAAGUCAUUCAUAACAAAACAAAGACUUGCUUCUUGCUCUCCCAAUUAAGGAUUCAAAGUCGUCAGUUUUUAGUCGUGAAGUUAAAAGGAAAAGAUAAAUAAACAAUGUGCCCUUUCAGUCGUUCAAACUCAUUUCUUUUAGCUUUAUUUGUUGGAUUCAAAAUCACAUUUAGAACUCAUCAUGUACACAUGCAGGUUUUCAGCAUAAAUAUAUUAACUUCAAACGCAACAAAACAACUGAAUGGAAAUGUCCUCUCCCUCCUCUUCAUGUGCUUUCUCUCUAAUCUACAUAUUUCAAUCUAUUUUAGACUGAAGUGUAGAAAAGAAUAUAUCAUUUUGCCGUGUUGUUUUAGCAAGU